AUGAGAGCUCUUGUUGCCGUAACAAAGAAAAACUCCGAUGUUGCCGCUUUUUUCACAUUGACUAAUAGUUUGGUAAAUGUUGUUGGAUGCUCAUGUAAGCGUCGUGAUGCACUUAGAGAGAAACAACAAGAAAAUCUCUUGAAAGCUAUUGAAAAUGAUUGUCUUGAAACGGGGCAAGGGUUAAAUCAAGAAACUAGUCUCAAACGUGCUUGGGAUACACGGUGGAAUUCACAUUAUGGUGCUUUGAUUAGUUUGAUUACAAUGUUCUCAUCUGUGGUGGAUGUGCUUGACAUGAUUGUUGAAGAUUGCUACAAUGAUAGUGCUGGUGAAGCAAAAAGGUCAUUAAAAGAUUUACAAUCUUUUGACUUUGUGUUCCUCCUCUUUUUUAUGAAAUUCAUAUUAGGAGUUACAAACGAUUUGUCACAAGCAUUGCAAAAAAAAGAUCAAGAGAUUGUGAAUGCAAUGGCUUUAGUCAAGACAUGUAAAGAACAACUACGUUGCAUGAGGAAUGAUGAAAAUUUUGAUCUUUUGGUUGAUAAAGUAUCAUCUUUUUGUGUUGAACAUGAAAUUGAGGUGCCUAAUAUGGAUGAUUUAUAUGUCAUUCAAGGGAAGUCAUUGCGUAAGGCUCCAAGAAAGACCAAUCAUCAUCAUUACAAAGUGGAGCUCUUUUUCGAGGUCAUUGAUUUCCAACUUACAGAAUUAGAUGAUCGCUUUGCUGAAGGUAAUACCGAAUUGCUUAUUUGCUUGGCAUGCUUGAGUUCGAAUGAUUCAUUUGUAGCUUUUGAUAAAGAGAAGCUUGUUCGCCUUGCUCAUAUGUAUCCUAAAGAUUUCACGGAUCGAGAUAGAUCGGCACUUCAAGAUCAACUUGAUAUUUACAUUCAUUUUGUGCGUUCUGAUAAUGAUUUUUCUCAAUUGCGGGGAAUUAAUGAGCUUGCUAAGAAAAUGGUGGAGAAAGGGUUGCAUCGAACAUUUGCAUAUGUAUAUUUGCUUAUUCAGUUGGCUUUGGUUUUACCGGUUGCAAUUGCUUCAGUGGAGGGGGCAUUUUCCGUCAUGAAUAUCAUUAAGGACCAUGAAACCUCGUCGUGGACGCUUGAAUUAGGAUUUUAUAGCUUGUAA